CUACAUCUGACAAGCGUCUGAGGAAAAAGCUGCAUGUCUGAUGACUAAAUCCUGUUUUCUCGAAAAAGCGCCCAUCACUCACACCUCAUGUAUGUUAGGGGACCCGAGUCUAGCGUGCUUGCCGAAGGAAAGAAGGAUGCUGCUUUAAGGUUACUAGGAGAUUCAUGACUGCCUGACCAUCAGAUUGACCCAGCAUUGCAUCGCAUUAAGAUUAGAUAUGAUCACCUCACAAAAAGUUGUAACAAAUUAGUUUUUUAACACGUAUGACAUACCUAAAAAAGAAAGGCCUUAUAAUUCUAUAAGAUAUUUUUAACUGAUCACAAUCAUUUGUCAUUUUUACGUGAUUAUUUUGAUUAGUUUUAAAAAUUAGUUUUAAUUUUUAUUAUAUUAAAAUGGCCAAGUUUAAGUUGCCAUUAAGCUGAUAAAUCUCACUAAAGGACACUUACUACAUGGACAAUUGCUCUUGACCAACUUCAUAACAUCAUGAAUACAAUGGUGCCAGAUCAGGACUGUGAUUUCAGACCAGUUCCUGAGUCACCUCUACUGGGGACCAAACCAGCAGGAUUUGUGUUAGCAACCUAGACCCUUCACCACUAAACCAUUACCACCCCCUAAUUAAAAGAUUUUUUUUUUUUUUUUUUUUUAGAUGAGCACCAUGGACGACGAUUUUUAAAUGAAUUUUAUUCGGCUACAUUUUUUCAAUUCUGGCACGUCGAGGUUCGUCUCGCGCAUGGAAAAUUGUAAUCUGGCGAAAGUUAGCUAAACGUAAUUGACGUUCUUAAUUUAUUUUUUAAACACCAAUGGUUUUUGUGAUAUAUAAAUCUGAAAGUGAUAGGAAUAAUGACACUACUUCUCACACUUUACGGACAUAUCGACCGAAUCUGACCACAAUAGACCCUUUUCACAUUUCCGUGUUUCUCAGAAGCAGAAAUCGAAUAGUUGGGUAAACUUUUAUAGCGGUGAAUUAGACUACAUAUAUUUUUUUGUGUUACUAUUUGCGCAAAUAGCGAAAGAAAAACCCCACAAUAGUGUUUUCAAAAAGAGGGGGGAAAAUAGAGAGCAAGUGAUAACAGCAGUCAGAAGAGAGAAAGAUGUCAUUUUUACCGUCACUCCCAUAGCCGCUGUAUUAGAAACACCCUCACAGCAGCAUUUAGUUUUUUUUUUUUUUGUAAUUUGAUACAAAUGUAAUAUAAUACUAAAUAUAGUGUUAUAAAUGUACAUAAUUUUUUUAAAAAAAUGAAAAUAUUAAAAAACUGCAGGAUUUACGAUAUUGAUGACCGUUAAAACGCGUCAUCACAGUCUGUGAAAAGGGUAUAUGGAAUCGCUCGAGCGGCUUCCUGUUGUUAUGGUUACACUAUUAAGCGAACACAACUUUUAUUCGUUCGUUAAACCUAUACUUGUAUAAAAAUGUAUUUAAACUAAGACCCCCCCAUCAUUUUGUUUUGAUUUCCUUUAGGGGGUUCGAAUAUCAAUUCGGGGAGUCCGGUUUGCCCAACCCCCCCAUAAUUCGCAACCUCGUACUGUGCACUUCCCUUAGUAUACUCAUUCAUAUAAACACUUCGACUGUCACAUGUAGGCGGGGCUCCCUGUAACUCCAUAGUGACGUGAUGAGGCUGGUCUUGGUCAAACCUACCAAUGAAACGGGCCUUCUUGACUCCACCGGGGCUGCGCGCAGCGAAAGGGUGCCGGAUCAUUGCAACGCAAAGCGGCACUCCGCCGCAGGUGAGGCGGGGAUGCAGCAUCGCUACUCGGGAGCCGUCCAUCAGCACCACCACCACCACGCGGAGCACAGGGGUGGCCUUAGACAGACCGCACACCCCUUGCCAAAACAGAGCCAAGAGAACCUGCCCAGCCCUUUCAGUCAGGAAGCACCAGUCAAAAGCCAAGGGAGCAACCCAAGUCUCACAGACUGUACCAAACCCUCCUUAAGUCGGCAGCAGAGUGUUGGAGGGGCUGCCAAAACUGCGAAUUGCCAACAAGAUCAUUGUUCGUGCAGCUGCGGAUUGCAAGAGCAUCAACAGCUGUUGCAGCAACAGCAGCAGCAGCAUCCAAGCCAGCGUCACAACCCUCCACCUUCCCUCCAGCUACAGGUUCAGCAGCAGCGGCUGCUGAGGAGCAGCCUGCCCAACUGCUGCGUGAGAGGAUCCGGGGAGCUGAGAAGCCAGCAGCCGUCUCUGCUGCAGCACCGUGAAAACGACAGCCUGAGAUCUGACGAGCAGCGGAAUCCAGCUCAUCACGCCCGUGCAUGCACGCCUGAUAGAUGCCAGGGAGCCAGGAACUCCGUUUCGCCGCGGAGUAAAAGCAGCCCGCUGUCUUCUGACAGUCGCGUGUGGCUCGAGGAGAAUAAACAUAGACACGAAGGCUGUAAGGUGAAUGCGGAUGCCAACAGGCUGAGCCAUGCUGGAUCACGGCCUUCCCUGUCCCACGGCGGCCCACAGUAUCCUCAGAUAGCCAUGAACAGCUGCAAGUACAAUGGGGGCAUAGUCAGACCACUCGGCAGUCUGGGGGCGUCCCGGAGGAACCUAGCAGAGCUGGACUCUGAGACACAGCCUUUGCAGACCCUGCACUCUUCCGGCCUGGAGGUGGUGGUCUCCAAAGGGAACGGGGAAGACCCUAGUAAGCAGUCCAGCGAGAACCUUGUGAGGCAAAGACCAUGCAGCGCUCCGCAUAAGAAGAACAAGGACAUUGGCUAUAAGCUCGGGCACCGGAGGGUGCUGUUCGAGAAACGCAAGCGCCUUAGCGACUACGCCCUGAUUUUUGGAAUGUUUGGGAUUGUUGUCAUGGUGACGGAGACUGAACUCUCCUGGGGAGUUUAUACAAAGGAAUCCUCAUAUUCAUUUGCACUGAAAUGCCUUAUUAGCCUCUCCACUGUAAUCCUACUCUGUCUGAUCAUUAUGUACCACGCACGAGAGAUUCAGCUCUUCAUGGUGGACAAUGGAGCAGAUGACUGGCGGAUAGCCAUGACGUACGAGCGUAUCUUCUUCAUCGUUUUGGAGCUGCUGGUGUGUGCCAUCCACCCUAUUCCAGGUCAGUACGUCUUCACCUGGACCGCCCGCCUGGCCUUCACCUACACCCCGUCUGUGGCGGAUGCAGACGUGGACAUCAUCCUCUCCAUCCCCAUGUUCCUGCGGCUGUAUCUGAUUGGCCGGGUCAUGCUCCUGCACAGUAAGCUCUUUACGGACGCCUCGUCACGCAGUAUCGGAGCCCUCAAUAAGAUCAACUUUAACACACGCUUUGUCAUGAAGACUUUGAUGACUAUCUGCCCAGGCACGGUCCUGCUGGUUUUCAGCAUAUCAUCAUGGAUCAUUGCUGCCUGGACAGUGCAUGUCUGUGAGAGAUACCAUGAUAAAGUGGAAGUCACCAGUAACUUCUUGGGAGCCAUGUGGUUGAUUUCCAUAACCUUCCUGUCUAUUGGUUAUGGUGACAUGGUGCCUAACACGUACUGUGGGAAGGGAGUGUGUCUCCUUACUGGAAUCAUGGGCGCUGGCUGCACUGCCCUAGUGGUGGCUGUUGUAGCCAGGAAGCUAGAGCUCACCAAGGCUGAAAAGCAUGUCCAUAACUUUAUGAUGGACACUCAACUCUGCAAAAGAGUGAAAAACACGGCUGCUAAUGUACUCAGGGAAACAUGGCUAAUCUACAAACACACAAAGCUUGUGAAGAAGAUUGACCAUGCCAAGGUCCGGAAACAUCAGCGCAAGUUUUUACAGGCCAUUCACCAACUGCGAAGUGUGAAGAUGGAGCAAAGGAAGCUGAAUGACCAAGCAAACACGCUGGUGGACUUAGCAAAGACGCAGAAUGUGAUGUACGACCUGGUCUCAGAGCUGCAGGAGCGCAGCGAGGAGCUGGAAAAGCGGAUCGGUCACCUAGAGGCAAAACUGGACUCCAUAAACAGCAGUCUGCAGGCUCUGCCUGGCCUGCUCUCACAAGCCAUACAGCAGCAACAGCAACACCUGCUGGACGGGCUGACCCAGCGCGGAUUCACCUUCACGAGACCCUCCUCGCAGACCUCCGAACGCUCCUGGGCGUCAUCCGUGCACCGACGGAGAUCACCUUCUACCGCACCACACACGUCCUCCGAUAGCGGCUAGCACGCUCUCACACACUCCAAACCAUACUCUAAACCUACACACACACUCCUCUCCUACACACCUCUGUCAUCAACUAACACUGCUAAAUAAACUUUUAGUACUAAAAAGUUAACAAGAAUGACAACUUCAACACACUGGAAUAAAAUGUAAUGAAUUAACACAUCAUGGUAGAGAUAUGGUUUAUGUUUAGCCAUUGUAUGGCUGUUUAAAGUUAGCUUUUUUGUAAAGCCCUUGUAUAGUAUGGACUGGAUUCAGACUGCAGGGGGUGGAAUGGAUUUAUAUAGAGAGAUAUAGUUUGAAACGGAGCAUUAAAUGGAACUAAACCCAUGAAAAUAAAGAGGACUGAGAAGGAAGGAAAAAUGUGAGGGAGAGGAAGUCACCAGAGAGGCUUCCUGUCCAUGGCAGUGUUUGAAGAUGUAGGCUACGUUCAGAUUAGCAUACUAGCAUACUAGCAUACUACUUACUGUUGCUGCAGUAUUUAUUUAUAUACAGUGUACAGUAUGCAAAUUUUCUGUGUGCAUAAAAUACCCUACUACAUUUGCCAGAGCACACUGCCUUGAUACCGUAUCCCACAAUGCAAUGUGCUCGAAUUGACCUUCCAUUUUCAGCGUUAUGGUUAACGGUGGUUUUAAACAUCUAUUUCUGGAUUGAACUCCAAAAUAAGACAUUUUUAUUCAAAAUUUAAUUAACCCUCAGGUGGUGAUUGGUCACUUUAGACCAACUUUUUACAUUGUUUUACUUUUUUGAUGGAAUGGUAUGAAAUGGUGAAUUUUGUGGCACUUAAUAGAUUAAUACAUAAAAUGUGGGCAUGAUUAGAAAAAGGCAAAAUGGUCUUAAAAAAUGGUCACACUUGUGACUGUCACGUUCAAAAAUAAGCAGUGUUGGGGGCAACGCAUUACAAGUAACGCAAGAUAAGUAAUCAUUACUUUUUUCAAGUAACUACUAAAGUAACACAUUACUUUUAGAUUUACAACAAAUUAUCGGGAGUUACUUUUUCAAAUAAGUAACUCAAGUUACUUUGUUUUCUGUUUAUUGACUGACACCUCUGCUAUCCACGUGUUGAAAGAAAUCGGAUGUAAGUGCAGAGGUGUUGUGUGCGCUGUGUAAACAUGAUGGUUAUUCUAGACUACAGUAGGUCUAGGCUAAAUGUGAGCAUACAUUUACUCAUUUACUACUUCUCCUGCGUCCUAUUCCUCUGUAUUCCAGAAUGGCAGCACAGCUGAAAGGCUUGUUUGUUUAAACUGCGCCCUCUACUGUACAGGUGUAAAUUUGCAUUUCCUUCAGCCUGAGGCUUAUUCAUUUCACUUUGUUUGUGAAAGGGCCUUUACAUUUGCCAAAAACAGAACUUUUUUGUUGUUAUAAAAACAAACAAACAGCCCAGCCCAGAUGAGAAAAAGUAAUGAAAAGUAAUGUAACGCAUACUCUCCAUAAAAAGUAACUCAAUUAGUUACUUUUUUAGGGAGUAAUGCAAUAUUGUAAUCCAUUACUUUUAAAAAUAACUUUCCCCAGCACUGAAAAUAAGUGCUGUAUGAUCAUUAAUUGGAAAAGUAUGAAAAUUGUGUAAAUACAGAGCAAUUUUUUUAGGGGCAAUCAGUAAAUCAGUAGUAGUCUUUGAUUUUUCAAUGUUUUGGAAAUCAAUGUUUUCCAAUGAUUUACCUAGUACCAUUAAAUAUUAAAGAAUUAAUAUUAAAACAAAAUAUAGUACAUUAAUUUAAUUUUAAAAAAUUAUGCUUAUGGUCUGAUUUGACUGCUGAAGAUUACAAGUGUGAAGCCGAAGUGAGAAAUACCUGAUGGUUAAAAGUGCAAUAUAAAUGUAUUGUAAAAUGAUAACUGGAUGCUACUCCCUGAAUUAAUAUGCAAUGCGUUAAGGUCAUAUGAAAACAACUACACAUUUGUGGAAUAAUGCAAAUUCAAUGGAAUAAUACAGUAUAUACUGCACAGUAUUCAGUAAGUACUAAGCUGGUAUUCUAUUCCGUUGACUAGAAGCUCAUAGAAUAGUUGUUGAAUUGUCGAGCUUAUGGGAGGUGAGGAAGGGCCUUUGGAAGACCGGUGAUCAGAUGUAACCAAAUAUUAGUGAAUACCAAAAACAAGCAAGAAAAAUUAAAUAUUACUGUCAUAUGUACAUUUUGCAGACUAAACACUUUUAGCCAGUCCAAUUCAAAGGACAAAUGUUUCCAUGACACUCACCGAACACUUUAUAUUAUGCUCACCACAUUCAAGUGCUCUCUUUAUAGCAAUAAACAAUACACUGCUAUAUGGAUUCAGAGCACUUUUUCCAGCAACAGAUGUGAUAGACUCUUGUGUUUUACAGGAGCCACAUAAUAUAUAUGGCCAAUCAACAUCAAACAAGAUUCAGGCUGAGCUUCCAAGGGUCCUUCCUGCUCUUUUAGCUCAAGCAAUCUUCAAGACAGCCUGGGUGAUGUGAUGGGAAGAAAAUACUGUACACCCAACCCCCUUGCAUGUUUCAAUGCAAAUGAUGAUGGAGAUGGAGGAUGGUUUUCUCUUAAUUUUUCCUUUCUUUUCCUUUCUCAUUUUUUACAGAGAUUCCUUUUUUAUUAUUUACCUAGAUUUUUAUAGCUUGUAGAGGAUAUACAAAAUGUUUCCGCAGAGUGGCAGCAUAGUUGAAAACAUGCAUUGAUCAGAGACUUCACCUAAAACAAAAUGUAGAAACGAACAACAGGAGAUGAAUCCCACAUUUGGAUAUCAUUACCACGUACAUGAAUUAACCGAUUUGGUUCCCAGUUCUAGGUUUAGAACGAAAAUGUCAAGAUGUGAUUGUCAUUACGGGUUUGAAAAACAGCAAACUGCCUUUACUGUGUGUCUUUGGCCUUGUUGACCAAGCUGUAGCGGAUUUACUUAAUGCUGGGCUCCAACAUAAAGAAAUAAAUGAACAAAUCCACUAAAGAGUCA